CUUCUAGGCAGAGCCUAGGUAGGGAAUGAGUUCAAUGACAGGACGUGGACGGCCGAAAGGGGAUUAGGUGCCGUUCACGGCCCAUUAAAAGGGGAGCAUGCUGCUUCGCAUGAGCUUGCUGCCAAUGAAUGGAAGAUGAAUUGGAUCCGUCAGUGGAUCAGUCCUGUUUGCUGACGUGGAAACUAUGUUGCUUCUUUUCGGUCGUGGGCCAGCUUAUGAUGCCAACCCCUGCCCACCCCGUCCCGUCUCCAGGAACUUCGCACCCCCCUUAUGAUGGUGGGAUGGGGAGACGGUCCGCCGCCCCCUGUCGGCGAUGGCCUGGUCCUGCAAAGGUGUCCCGAAAUCCCGAUCACCGCGCGGGGCUCCGAAAAUUUAUGUUCAUACAGUUUUUCUUUCCUGCCUCUGGAGGAGGCGCUCGCGGAUUUGGACAGCUCGGGCUCUGGCCGCCUAGACUGCGGGGUGUUCUGCGAGGCGCUGUGUUCCUUCGGGGUGGCGCCCGUGACCGCCGAGCAGGUCGUCUGCGCGCUGAGCGCGGACGGCGCCGGCGCCGUCACCUACGGAUUCUUCGUCGCGGUUUGUGUGGACCUCGUCGAGGACAAGCUGGACCACAUGCUCUGGAAACUCUUCAGCCUGGUCGACGAGGACCACGGCGGCGAGAUGAACCAGGACGUGCUGGAGCACUUCCUGCAAGGGGCGCUGCACGGCGACGGUGGUGAGCGUGACCGCGACGGGGACGCCGGCGACAUUGCCACGUACCUCCAAGGGGUGCUGGAUCCUGACCUGUGCGUGAACGGGUUCGCAUCUGCGGUGGCAGGUCCGCACGGCGUGGUUGAAUUCGAGCGCCUCAAGCAGCGCAUCCUCGACGAGUCGGUGCGCGACCUCCGGGGGCGGCUCGCGGGCCCCCCGCCAUGCCGAGGCGCCCCAGGUGGCCCGAUCGCAGCAGCCGAGGCGGGGGCCCCGCGCGGCGCAGCGCGCGGCGCAGCGCGCGGCCUGCCGCGAGCCGCCCAGCCCGCGGCGGGGGGGUUCAGCGCGGUUCAUGGGCG